GCCAAGCAACUUCCAAAGAGCUUUCUUCUGCUGUCCUGUUAAUGUGCUGUGUGUCUUCAUGUGCUGAUAAUCUGUAAAAACAGGAUCCAUUAGGAAUUUUUAGCACUUUGAGAUACAGCAAUGAUGGCGCAUAUGCUAUUCAAGUGGAUUCUAAAAGGACUUAUUCUGUCUUUUCUGCUCAAAACUGCUCUGUCCCUAAACCCAGAUGAUCCAAAUGUCUGUAGUCAUUGGGAAAGCUAUGCUGUGACAAUACAGGAAUCUUAUGCUCAUCCUUUUGAUCAGAUCUAUUAUACAAGAUGUACUGACAUACUGAACUGGUUCAAGUGCACUAGACAUAGAAUAAGUUAUAAAACAGCGUAUCGAAGAGGACUGAGAACUAUGUAUCGGCGAAGAUCUCAGUGCUGCCCUGGAUAUUACGAAAGUGGAGACUACUGUAUACCACUCUGCACAGAGGAGUGUGUGCAUGGAAGAUGUGUUUCUCCUGACACUUGUCAUUGUGAACCAGGGUGGGGAGGUACUGAUUGCUCUAGUGGUUGCGAUAGCGAUCACUGGGGACCCCACUGCAGCAACCGCUGCCAGUGUCAGAAUGAGGCUCUCUGCAACCCCAUCACGGGUGCCUGCGUCUGCGCAGAUGGGUACCGAGGAUGGCGCUGUGAAGAGCUCUGUGACCCUGGGAGCUACGGCAAGGGCUGCCAGUUUAAAUGCCAAUGUCACAACGGAGCUACCUGCGACCAUAAAACGGGAGAAUGUCACUGUGCUCCCGGAUACACGGGGGUAUUUUGUGAAGAGCGCUGUCCCCCAGGCAGUCACGGAGCUCAGUGUGAAUUGCGCUGUCCUUGCCAGAAUGGGGGAGUCUGCCACCACAUCACUGGAGAGUGCUCCUGUCCACCUGGAUGGAUGGGGCUGGUGUGUGCACAGCCAUGUCCUCCUGGAACAUUUGGAAUUAACUGCAGCCAGGACUGUCCAUGCCACAAUGGAGGACACUGUGAUCCCGUGACAGGAAAAUGCAUCUGUACAGCUGGCUAUAUAGGAGACAGGUGUCAGGAAGAGUGUCCUAUUGGGACAUAUGGCUUUCAGUGCACACAAAGAUGUGACUGCCAAAAUGGUGCAAAGUGUUAUCAUGUAAAUGGAGCGUGUAUGUGUGACCCUGGAUUUAAAGGGAUUUAUUGCCAAGAAAGAAUGUGUCCAGAAGGGGUUUAUGGCCUCAAAUGCAACAAGAGGUGUCCUUGCAAUAUUACCAACACUCUCAGUUGCCAUCCAUUGUCUGGAGAAUGUAGCUGCAAAGCUGGCUGGGCUGGACUGUACUGCAAUGAAACCUGUCCCCCUGGAUACUACGGCGAAGGCUGCCAGCUGACCUGCCCUUGCCAGAACGGUGCAGAUUGUGACAGCAUCACAGGAAAGUGUAUGUGUGCACCAGGAUAUAUGGGAGAUGACUGCACCAUUACCUGCAUGGCAGGAACCUACGGAACGAAUUGUUCAUCAGUUUGUAAUUGCAAAAAUGAUGGUGCAUGUUCCCCUGUGGACGGUCUGUGCUAUUGCAAAGAAGGGUGGCAGGGAGUGGAUUGCUCUAUUCCAUGCUCAAGUGGGAGUUGGGGUCUUAACUGUAACCAGACAUGUUAUUGCACAAACGGAGCAGCCUGCAGGCCGGCUGAUGGCUUUUGCCUCUGCUCACCUGGAUGGCAAGGGGAGUACUGUGACCAGCCAUGUCCUGAUGGAACAUAUGGUCUUAAUUGCAGUGAGCGUUGUGACUGUAGCCACGCAGAUGGGUGUGAUCCUGUCACCGGUUACUGCUGCUGUCUUGCAGGCUGGACAGGCAUCCACUGUGACAAUAUAUGCACCCAGGGCCGCUGGGGACCAAACUGCUCCAUCUCUUGUAACUGUGAGAACGGGGGAUCCUGCUCCCCGGAAGAUGGCACCUGUGACUGUGCACCAGGAUACAGAGGACCCUUGUGCCAGAGAAUUUGUCCCCCUGGCUUUUAUGGACACCACUGCAGUCAGCCAUGCCCUCAGUGUGUGCACAGCAGCGGGCCUUGUCACCACGUGUCAGGACACUGCGAUUGCUUGCCUGGAUUCUUUGGCACUCUCUGCAACCAAGUCUGUCCCAGUGGAAGAUAUGGGAAGAACUGUGCUGAGGUCUGUCAAUGCACCGAGAACGGGACGUGCAAUCCUAUUGAUGGAUCAUGUCAGUGUUUUCCAGGCUGGAUAGGGACAGACUGCUCUCAGACUUGUCCCACUGGUUUUUGGGGUCCUGAUUGCUUUCAUUCAUGCAACUGCCACAAUGGAGCAAUGUGCAGCCCUUACGAUGGAGAAUGUAGAUGUACUCAUGGUUGGACGGGGCUCUACUGCACACAGCGUUGCCCAGCUGCUUUUUAUGGAAAAAACUGUGCCAAUGUUUGUCAGUGUCAGAACGGAGCGGACUGUGACCACAUCACUGGCCAGUGCACGUGCAGGACUGGAUUUACAGGCAAACAAUGUGAGCAAAAGUGCUCACCAGGAACGUUUGGUUAUGGUUGCAAACAACUAUGUGAAUGCAUGAAUAAUGCUACAUGUGACCACGUCACAGGUACUUGCUACUGCAGUCCAGGCUUCAAAGGAAUCCGAUGUGAUCAAGCGGCUCUUAUGAUGGAAGAAUUAAACCCCUAUACUAAAAUUAGCCCUGCUCUUGGAUCAGAGAGGCACUCAGUGGGAGCAAUCAUUGGAAUUAUUAUUCUCCUUCUAAUUAUUAUGGUCUUGCUGGCACUGUUUGUGUGGUAUCGACGGAAACAGAAGGAGAAGGGCCAUGACAUGCCAAGUGUAUCUUAUACUCCAGCCAUGAGGAUGACUAAUACAGAUUACUCACUUUCUGGUGCUUGUGGGAUGGAUAGACGUCAGAACACAUACAUAAUGGAAAAAAGCUUCAAAGAUUAUAUGAAAGAAUCUGUGUGCAGCUCCAGCACUUGUUCUCUGAACAGCAGCGAAAACCCAUAUGCCACCAUUAAAGACCCCCCCAUUUUAACAUGCAAACACUCCGAGAGCAGCUACGUGGAAAUGAAAUCGCCUGGUCACAGGGAGUCCCCAUAUUCAGAAAUGCCACCUUCAUCAACAGCCAAUAAAAACAUCUAUGAAGUUGAGCCCACUGUCAGCGUGGUCCAAGACGCCCGUGGUCGGAGUGCCAGUUACCUCCAAAAUCCAUAUGACCUGCCUAGGAACAGUCACAUUCCUAGUCACUACGACCUCCUCCCCGUAAGGCACAGCCCGACGCAUGGGCCAUCUUGGGACAAGCAGUCUUAA